UAACUCGGAGCAGCCUGCACGUAACGUAGCUCUCAGUGUCGUUUCUUUGUGGGAAGAUACAUCUGCUAUUACACUCACGUCACCCAGUCAUGGUCCAAGCCAAGAAGUGGAUCCUGGUCAAGCACUUUGAUGGCUUCCCGAAGGACAGCGACUUUGAGCUCAAGACGGAAGAGCUUCCCGAGCCCAAAGAUGGGGAGGUGCUUUUAGAGGCAGUGUUUCUCAGUGCUGAUCCAUACAUGAGGCCGUUCAGUAAGUUUCGGAUGAAUGAAGGUGAUGUGAUGAUUGGAACUCAAGUGGCCAAAGUGAUCCAAAGUAAUAACCCAGCAUUUCCCGUGGGAAGUCAUGUUAUCAGUCGUGGUGGCUGGAGUACCCACACACUCAGUGAUGGGACAGACCUCACCCCCGUCAUGGCUGACUGGCCUCAGGAUGUCCCACUGUCACUGGCCCUGGGUACCGUCGGCAUGCCAGGACUCACGGCGCUGUAUGGGAUCGAGGAGGUGUUGGGACUCCAGAAGGGAGAGACCCUGCUGGUAAAUGCUGCAGCAGGAGCCGUGGGCUCCGUGGUGGGCCAGAUUGCCAAGAAGAUGGGCUGUAAGGUGGUGGGGUCAGCAGGGUCUGAUGCGAAGGUGGCCUUCCUUAAAGAGCUGGGCUUCGAUGAGGCCUUCAACUACAAGACGAUUGGUUCCUUGGAGGAGGCAUUGAAGAAGGCUUCUCCAGAGGGAUAUGACUGCUUCUUUGAGAAUGUGGGAGGCCCUUUUUCAACAGUUGCCUUGCAGCAGAUGAAAGACUUUGGAAGAAUUGCUGUAUGUGGAAGUAUUUCUUUGUACAACGACACCGCACCGCAGACAGGCCCGUACUCUCAUCUGACCAUGAUCAUCAAGCAACUCAAGAUGGAGGGCUUCAUGCAGUCCAGGUGGGAGCACAAGCACGCUGAAUCACUCAAGAGGCUGAUGGCAUGGGUGAAGGAGGGCAAACUGCACAGUCGAGAGCACAUCACCAGGGGCUUUGAGAACAUGCCAGCUGCGUUUAUGGGGUUACUGCAAGGAGACAACAUCGGCAAAGCAAUCAUUACAGUUUGAUGUCGAUCAGAAUAUCUAUCAAUAUCUGAAUAACUGUCAGAAUUCAUACAUGAAGGACUGAGUAAUAGACAGCUACGACUAACCAUAUCUUUUUUUUUUUUAGCAUGUUAAUGUUACUCUUUUUAUAGCCACAGUAAAAUAAAACAUAGCAGCACUUGCUCCCA